AUGGCUUCUUUUCUUGUUCACAUUCUUCUUCUCUUGUAUGUCACUGUCAUCUUGGCAUUUUCCGGCACUACUAAUGGCAAAUUCUCUGAGCAAUCCCCUAUGAUCAUAUCUGCAAAACGCAUGGAGAAAAUGACCCGCCUGCAUUUCUACUUCCACGAUAUCCCCAGUGGGAAAAACCCAACAACCGUGAGAAUUGCUGGACCAGCAAAGACAAAAGCUGGUGGCUUUGGCAGGACUUUUAUGGCGGAUAAUCCAUUAACAGAAGAGCCAGAACCUACUUCAAAACUCGUGGGAAGAGCACAGGGCACGUAUGCUGUUGCUUCUCAACAUGAAACUGGAUUGCUUAUGGUUUUCGAUUUUGCUUUUGUUGAGGGUAUGUACAAUGGCAGUGCCCUGAUUAUUCUAGGUCGCAACCAAGUCUUCGAUGAGUCAGGGAAAUGCCUAUUGUUGGAGGUAGCGGGCUUUUCCGGUUCGCUCGAGGCUAUUCAUUGCUGA